AUGGAUAAUCGCGAAUCAAUGGAUGCUCCAUCGACAUUCGGGAGGAUCAGCAACGUUCCUCCAUCGGAGAUAACUCCAGAGACGGGAAGAGUGGAGAGAUUUCUCACAAGGCAGCAACGAGAUAAUAUUGUUGCAACACAUCAAGAUUCUGAAAUGGAGGGCGAGGAUGUUCCCACUGCCAUGAUGACCGGAUCUGACGAUAAGGUAGAUGAAAAGCUUCAUUCAGAUAUUUAUGCUCAAAUUUUUGGACCUGAGCAUACAGUCCCUGAAUUCGACAGCCACUCCGACGGGGACGAUGCCGACACCCACACAGAAGUGUGCGGGGGCAUUGCAAGUCGGGUGAGAUCUAGGAGGAGGACCAAUACGGGCCCGCCGCCAGUUUAUGUCGAGGAUGAGUUGAGUGGCAUGUCCGGCGACAACAUCAAGAGCUCCUCCGAGGAUGAAGACUUCACUGUGAGGAAGAGGAGGAAAUCGACGAACAAUAGAAGAGCUGACACUGCAGAUGACAGCUCGCCUGCGGGGACUUCAGGGUGGCGCAGCAUCAGACCUUCAAAACGAAGGGCUGCAGUGACCUCUCCUCGGAGGGUGUCAGAAAAUGCACAAGCACGCCCCGCCUCGGACUCAAAAGCUGCACAGACCAGCAGAAACGGCGAUGAGGGCAAAAAGAUGCCGUAUUGGCUCAAGGAGUUGACGAAAUAUAUGACGGGGGCCAAAGCGAAGAAAGCGAAGCCACAGAAGAUUGACAUCUCCAAGAUCCUAGAGGGAUCUGUUCUCGGACGAGCGAGUGGGGCUGCUGAUGGAGCUGCCGACUACCCGGCUCUUCCCAAGAAAUUCCGGUUCGAAGACAAUGUCGCGCCAGUGCCCGAAGAAGAUCAAAGGGAAACUGAGUGGCGGAAGGGUAUGGACGACUUGUUCCAAGAAAUGGAAUAUAACUGCGCUGUGGAGCGAAUGGGAACAAUGACCAACCGUGGGGUUGUUCAAGCUGAGGAUGACGAGGAGGAAGAGGACACUCAGGAGCGCAGAUGCGCCCGAGGUCUUCAUGAGUUGAUAUUAGAGGACGACAAAGGAUGGUAUUGUCGCCACUGUCAACAUGUGGCGAUUCAACCAAGAGACGUACUUCCUCCGUGGGCGAUGAAAGCUUAUCGUGCUGGGGGAAAGAAGAAGAAGGAGGAGAAAAGGGAGGCUCUGGAUCUCAGCACCAUCAGUCUCCCGGUAGCAGAUGCAGCUACUGUAAGCAGCAGCUGGACAAGCGGCUCAGUGUGGAGCAUCGACGCUGGUGUGAGAGAAACACUGUAUGAGCACCAGCAAGAGGGAUUUGAGUUCCUAUGGAGGAACUUGGCGGGCAGCACUGAACUUGCCGAGUUGAGGAACUCAAAUCUACCGGGAGUUGGUGGAUGCAUUAUUUCCCAUGCACCAGGGACCGGAAAGACACGUCUGACGAUUGUCUUCCUCCAGACGUAUCUAAAGGUGUUUCCAAAUUGCCUGCCGAUGAUCAUCGUCCCAGCCAACAUACUUGCUACUUGGGAAGGAGAGUUCAGAAGGUGGAACCCGGGCUUUAAUUUCCACAACCUGAACAACUCGGCGUUGAUCGGCGACGAGAUUGCUGCUGCUGACCAUCUGUUUCAAGGGGGGAGGAUCAGACGUCGGGAUAUGGAGGCGAUCAGAAUGGUCAAAAUGUACACGUGGCGGAGAGGGGGAGGUCUUCUGGGGAUUAGCUACAACCUCUUCGAGAAGCUAACGGCGCAGAAAGAGGCGGAAGCAAAUGCAGGCGAGGAGGGGGGGCAGAGAACGGGGGCUGAACAGAACUUGGAAGUUCUGAGAUCAAUACUUCUUGAGAUUCCUGGACUAGUGAUUCUCGACGAAGGUCAUACUCCUCGUAACCACAGGAGUAAGAUUUGGGCUUCACUAGUUCAGCUCAAGACGGAAAAGCGCGUCAUCUUGUCCGGGACGCCGUUCCAGAACAACUUCGAGGAACUGUUCAACACCCUAAAGAUCGUCAGGCCAGCAGUAGCGGAAGAGAUUAUGCAGGAUCGGACGUUUGCCGAGAUUCUGCAUUCGGAUAAGAGGGCCCAAAGCUCUCGGCCUGCUUUGCUUCCGGAAGCCAUCAAUCGUGCAGUUGAGAGGCUGAAAGUCGCCAUGGCGCCGUUUGUGCACGUGCACAAGGGGACAGUCCUCCAGAAUAAUCUCCCCGGAUUGAGAGACUCCAUCAUCCUCCUGAAACCGACUGGAUUGCAGAAGCGACUGAUCGACCGGUUGGAAGAGGAACGGGUAAGGAAAACACUUACGAGUGAGUUUGGAUAUUCACUGGUAUCUGUUCAUCCUUACCUCAUCCAGAAAUGCAAGUCGCAAGUGCCAACCGACGGGAUCGAUAUGCAAGCAGUCGAGGAGUCGAAGCUCAAUCCUGGUGAUGGAGUCAAAACGAAAUUCAUCCUCGAGUUUGUCCGCCUCAGUACGCUGCUGAACGAAAAAGUGCUCAUCUUCAGCCAGUACAUUCCGCCCUUGGACCUGAUCAAAGAGCACCUGACCGCGACCCUCCAGUGGAACGAAGGCAAGGAAAUUCUGAGGCUGGAAGGGAGGCUACAGAAGAAGCAACGCCAGAAUGUGAUCGACGCAUUCAACGAUCCAGAAAAUGAUUCGAAGAUCAUGCUGGCGUCGACGAGGUGCUGCUCCGAGGGCAUAAGUCUGGUUGGGGCUUCGAGGGUCAUUUUGCUAGACGUCGUCUGGAACCCUUCAGUCCAACAGCAGGCGAUUUGUCGAGCUUAUAGGAUUGGGCAAAAGAAGUUUGUCCAUACCUAUCAUCUGAUGACUGCUGGCACCAUUGAGGCGGACAAAUAUUGCCGGCAAGCUGAGAAAGAGCGCCUAUCGGAGUUAGUCUUCUGCUCUUCUUCGAACGAGGACACAUCGAAGCAGCAGCUGCCGGAGAUUGAGGAUAAGAUUCUCCAAGAGAUGGUCGAGCAUGCAAUGACGAAGGAUAUAUUUGAAAAGAUCAUCCACCAGCCGAAGAGCGCCGAUUUGAUCCAGUCCUUAGGCAUGAAAGGUUGA